CUAAGCAAGGUUAGGUAACAGAUAGCUACCUUGAACACAUAUCAAACCCUUACUUCUACAGCAUAACCAUCACAAGGGUGUUCUUGCAAUUCAACUCAUAUCAUCAGCUCCUCUUUCGUUGGUUGCCGAAGGAAAUAAUAAGCCCGCUUCCCUGACCAACAACUUUAUACGUCGGGGUUUUUUUAUUCUAUUUUUUGGCUUCAGGUGUAUGUGUAUGUGUCUUUCUUGGUUUUUUGUUUUGGACAAAAUGCAGCUUUACAUAUCUCCAAGUUUGAGGCACAUUACAGUGUUUCCGGCCAAAGGGUUUAAAGAAUUUAUGAAGGUGAAGGUUGGCUCAAGGCGGGUUUCGUAUCGAAUGCUUUUCUAUUCGCUUCUGUUCUUUACAUUUCUUCUCCGGUUUGUGUUUGUGUUGACAGCAGUUGACACCAUUGAUGGAGAAAACAAAUGCUCUACCAUAGGAUGCCUGGGAAAAAGAUUAGGACCAGGUAUUUUGGGAAGAAGGUUCGAAUCAAAUGUCCCAGAAGUGAUAUACCAAGUACUAGAAGAGCCCAUUGGCAUAGAUGAAUUAAAAGGAAGAUCUGAUGUUCCUCAAUCUUUAGAAGAUUUUAUGGCUGAGAUUAGAAAAGGGAAAACAGACGCAAAGACCUUUGCUUUCAAGCUUAGAGAAAUGGUUACUCUUCUUGAACAAAGAACCCGGACAGCCAAAAUCCAAGAGUAUUUAUAUCGCCAUGUAGCAUCAAGUAGCAUACCAAAACAGCUCCACUGCCUUGCACUAAAGCUAGCCAAUGAGCACUCCACCAAUGCAGCUGCCCGCCUCCAGCUCCCUUCUGCUGAACUCGUCCCGGCCCUUGUUGACAACUCCUACUUUCACUUCGUCCUCGCUUCAGACAAUGUGCUAGCUGCAUCUGUUGUUGCAAAAUCACUUGUCCGAAACUCAUUGAGGCCCCAGAAGGUUGUCCUACAUAUAAUCACGGAUAGGAAGACUUACUAUCCCAUGCAGGCAUGGUUCUCACUGCAUCCUUUGUCUCCUGCCAUAAUUGAGGUCAAGGCAUUGCACCAUUUCGAUUGGUUUACAAAAGGAAAGGUCCCCGUUUUGGAGGCAAUGGAAAAAGAUCAACGUGUUCGAUCACAAUUUAGAGGCGGGUCAUCAGCCAUUGUGGCAAAUAAUACUGAAAAGCCUGUUGUCAUUGCAGCAAAGUUACAAGCAUUGAGUCCUAAAUACAAUUCUGUGAUGAAUCACAUUAGAAUACAUCUACCGGAGUUGUUCCCCAGCCUAAACAAGGUGGUCUUCCUGGAUGACGACAUUGUGAUUCAAACAGAUCUUUCACCACUAUGGGACAUUGAUAUGAAUGGAAAGGUCAAUGGAGCAGUCGAAACUUGCACAGGAGAAGAUAAGUUUGUAAUGUCAAAGCGGCUGAAGAGCUAUUUGAACUUCUCCCAUCCUUUGAUAUCAAAGAAUUUCAACCCCAAUGAAUGUGCAUGGGCUUAUGGAAUGAAUAUCUUUGAUCUAGAGGCAUGGAGGAAGACCAACAUAAGCCUUACAUACCAUUACUGGGUUGAACAGAACUUGAAAUCAGACUUGAGUUUGUGGCAACUAGGGACAUUACCUCCUGGACUAAUUGCUUUCCAUGGUCAUGUCCAAGUUAUCGAUCCCUUUUGGCACAUGCUGGGGUUGGGUUACCAGGACAAUACAAGCUUUUCUGAUGCUGAGAGUGCUGGUGUCAUCCAUUUUAAUGGCAGAGCAAAGCCUUGGCUAGAGAUAGCAUUCCCAACACUCAGGCCAUUGUGGGCUAAGUAUAUCAACUUUUCUGAUAAAUUCAUCAAGAGCUGUCAUAUUAGGGCAUCCUAGGUUGGAUUUUGAGAAAAAAAAAUGCUGAGCAUAUUGAUAAAAGUAUAUCUUUCUGUAUAUGAAAAAGAAAUGAGAGUUCUUUGCUGAAAGAAAGAUGAUAACAGCAACAGCAUCCUGUUUUUGUGAACUCUCAUUUGUUGUUUGAAGCUCCCUUCUUACUCUUCCUAUUUCUUUCUUA